ACCAGUGAAAGAAAAGUUUUUAAUAUCCCAAAAUUUAAUACAUGUUUUCAUAUAGUAGAUUUUUUAUAAGGAUUUACAGUAUUGACAACAGGGCUGUUCACUAUUUAUUGCAAUAAUUUUGUUAGAAUUUGAGGGAUGUUAUCUGCUUCAAUGGUAAUAGGUUUAGUUGAGAAGUAGAAGAGCAGGGUUCAGGGUUUAGGGGGGGUGUUAUCUGCUCCAAUGCUACAGAUACCAACAGAUCUGUCAAAAUUUGGAUGCCUGGAUGGUCAGAUAUACAGACUAUUCACAUUGGAAAAUGUAUUUGCUUCCCUCAUUGUGAAGUUCACAGCAUUGCUGAUGUUCCACAAACUUAGAGUUUUGAGUUUUCAUAGAGCAUUUGAUUUUGAUGCUGAUAUUCAGGAACAGAAUUUCAUGUGAAGUUAUUUCUAUCUUGUGUGGUUUUCUUUGUUUUAAUGUGCUUAGUUUCCAAAAGAUAUAUAUUCCUAAUGUAUGAAAGAGAUCUGUCUACAUGUAAUUUGAUUGUUCAAUUUUUGUUAGCAGUCUAGGUUGAGUGUGUAACUUAUGCUUUAUGGCAACAUUAGAAACUGACAUGUUAGUUAAUUGUUACCUUUCCUAAGGAUCUGCAAAUAUUUAGCAAUUGUCAUUGAUAUUAUAUUUUUUAUGCAUAUAUAUUAGAUCAAUUUAGUACUGGAAAUCUUUAUUGAAAUCUUUGUUCUUGAGCCUCUUGUUUUUCGUUCUGUUUUCCUUCCUACAUAAAAUUGUUUACUCUUGAAUACUAAUGCAAUCUUUUCGUCCUUUUUUUUUUUUAUUUUUUUUAUUUUUUAGCCUUGACUUGUUAAGACAGCGGUACCAGCAGCCAAAUAAUGAUGUACUAUUGAUCA